AUGGAUCAUUUCGAACUGAUAUCCAAUCAUUUCUUGAAUCUUCCUCGCCCUGAUGUUGAGCUAGGGCCACCCGCUGGAGUCGUUGACACUACCACACUCGCCGCUCAUGAUUUCGAUGUCGACACACGAACAGGGUUCAUGCCCCCACAGCCGCCCUUGAUCCGCUUGUCAGAUCAAUGGGAGGCAUGGGAGCAGGCAUUAGACGAUGCCCAGGUGCGGAGGCUUCAGCUUGGGCGCAAGCCUGGAAUAACGGAAGAUGAGAGAAACCAGUCUGAAUCAUGGCGUGCCCACAUUCGGGAGAUGCCUAUUAUACCGACUUCGAAAUUGAAUCAGUCAGAGUUGAUGCUUCGUCGGGCGCACCACGUCCUUUCAUGGACGAUGCACUUCUACAUUCACUCACUUCCCCCUUCUCCCUCCUCGGAAAUCAUCAUCCCGGCACCGAUCACAGUCCCACUUCUUCAAAUAUCUGCCCAACUUCAGCUACCGCCCGUGGUAACUUACUCCGAUGAUGUGCUUUACAACUGGGCAUUCAAAUCACCCCCACUCUCCGAUCCGACCGACUCUACGCCUUUACCAGCACCGGCACUCGAUAAUCUCCGUUGUCUUACCCUUUUCACGGGGACACGGGACGAGGAAGAAUUCUAUCUCACCAGCGCUCGUAUGGAACUUCGUGGAGUCGAGGCCCUUGACCUCAUGCGUGCUACUAUGGACGAGCUGUUCGUCGGCGAUACCAUCGCACUUCGCCGCAUUACACAGUACCUUCAUGCUCUGGGGCGCGUUAUUGACGAUCUUGCCGCACUCUUGAUGACCGUGCGCGAUGGUUGCAGACCUGACGUAUUCUACAGCGAUAUCCGGCCUUGGUUCUGUGGUGCCGACUCGAGCUCUGAGCAGAGAAGGUGGAUAUUCGAAGGACUGGAGGACAAUCCAGACCUUGUAGCUCCUACCGAACUGUCUGGCCCUAGUGCUGCGCAGAGCUCGCUCGUGCAUGUACUCGAUGUAUUCCUUGGCGUAGACGAGUAUUCCCACUCCAAUUCGCUGACAGGGCAUCACUUUGUGAAGCCAUCGUCAUCGUCAUCUACCACUGCAACCUCGUCAUUGGAAUCGGACAAGUCUAAAAUCUCGUUCCUUACGCGCAUGCAAACUUACAUGCCUCGACACCAUCGCAAUUUCUUGCGUCACCUCUCUACGGCCGCUCGCCCUCUUCGCGAAACCGUUUCCGAUAGUCAUGACACAGAACUUCUCGAGGCGUACAAUGAUGCUGUCUCUUCAUUGAAGCGUUUCCGCGAUGGACACAUUCGUAUCGUUGCCAUGUACAUCGUCGGUCCAUCUAGAAAGGCCGCAGACGCUGAGCGUGUGGAGUCAGAAGAAUUACAGGCCCCUCUGAAAGGGACCGGUGGAACAGACCUGGUCAAGUUUUUGAAGGAUGUGAGGGAUCGGACGGCGGCGGCUGUCAUGAAUCCCAAAUCUGAAUGUUUAUGA